AUGGCUACGAAUGAACCAUCGGAACACUUCAGUGUGUUCGAUCAGUUGAGGCCGGGGUGGUUGCCGUUGCUCAAUGACCUGGUACUGGUCAGAGGGAAUCCAGAGGAGGACUUGGAAUCAAUGAUCGCAACCCUCUACAAGGAAUACCUGCUUUCCGAUGACGACGGUGCCCCUGCCGCAUUUGCGCGACGUUUCGAUGACCUCUAUGGGGAAAUCUACGAGCCAAAGUUCAACGGAUUCAACGGCAAAAAGAGAGGGUGGACCGGCUACCUCGCCGUGUUCUAUGAAACGGUGUUUUCAGUAGCCGUAGCCAUGGACUACGAUGAACCGAAGCAGGUCAAAGUCAUUCAGCUGCUCUCGGAGUUGCGGAAGCUACCCACGCAUGCCGUCAAGAUAUUUGUGCAAGGCGAAUUCGCAUGGAUCGACAGCGAGAUAUGGACCCGUGAUCCGCUUUUCCCGUGGGCGCUUCACGAGCAUGACCCUGGAUCUAUGACGGUCAAAGAUGCCGAAACCUUGAACUCUCAGAAAGAUAUCGACGAGUUCGAGGACCAUUUCGCCGCCUAUCUCAGUUACCAAACGUUCUCGGCUCGCUGUACGGCCGCCGGACUUGACAAAGGAGACCUGUUUCGUUUCGAGUCGCCAGGGUCCUACAUUUCGGCCCUGCUACAAUCAGAUGGAGAGCUUUUGGACUGCGAGAUCGUGGUCAUUGCUCAGUGGAUACUGAUUGCCGGAGACGAAAUCCAUGCCGAGUGUGUGAGGAAACAGCUACCGCGGCCGGCCCGCAGAACCGCUUGGGACGGUUGGUAUGACGGUAAUGGCCCUGUCAUCUGGAAGCAGUGGGGGGAUAAACUCGCCGAGUUUGCCGCUGGUCUUGAAGGAGGCGGAAAUCCGGGCUUCAGGCUUUUUGAAAAUCACAGGGACCUGUUGACAGGCAUGCUGGUGAAGGCCAGGGACAAGAUCAUUGCGUUGGAACCGGGUUUAUUUCUCAAGUAA